AUGGCAGUGUUUGCAACUACCGAACGGGCAGCAUCGCAGGAUUUUGGAAAGGAGAACCCAGUCGUUGAAAAGGACGGCACCCUACCACCUUCGAGUGAGAACACCGAAGCUGAAAACGACAAUGGAAUCUUGAAGCAUUGGGAAGACAAGGAAGAGGCUGCACUCAUCCGCAAGCUCGAUAUCAUAUUGAUACCCGUCCUAGCCCUGGCCUUCUUCUCGUUGCAGGUAGAUCGUGGCAACAUAAGUGCUGUCCUGACCUCCACCAUCACCAAAGACCUCGACAUAACUACAGACCAGAUAAACGUUGGCACGCAAUUGCUUUCUGCCGGAAUCGUCCUCUCUGAGAUCCCCGCCAACAUCAUUCUUCAACGUAUAGGCCCACGCGUCUGGCUUUCCGGCCAGCUGUUUGCCUGGGGCCUGGUCGCCACGUUUCAAGCAUUUAUCCAGUCUUACCCUGCAUAUUUGGCGACAAGAAUUCUCCUCGGGCUCUGCGAGGGCGGCUUCAUCCCCGGAGCCCUCUACUAUCUAUCUACUUGGUAUAAAAAGGAUGAAACUACAUUACGAGUUAGUCUGUUCUUCUAUGGGCAAAUGUUUGCAUCCGCAACGACUAGUUUAAUCUCUGCGGGGGCUUUGACCUUGGAGGGAAAGAGUGGUUUGGAAGGUUGGAGAUGGAUUUUCCUCAUCGAGGGUCUUAUCACCUUGUUCAUUGGGUUCAUCUUUGUUUUUCUCAUCGCACCUGCCGUUGGCGAUGGUCGCGCCCUCAUUACUUUUGGUCGCUGGAGCUAUUUCACCGAGAGGGAAGGCCAGAUCUGCCGCGAUCGUGUCUUGCUAGACGACCCGAACAAAGCCAAAGGCCAUAUCCGAAUCACAUGGCCUGACAUCAAGGGUACCAUCUCUCAGGUCAGAGUGUGGCAGCACUGGUUUAUUACCCUCAUCUCCAUGACAGCCUUCCAAGGCUUGGUUCAGUAUACCCCAACCCUAAUCAAGAGUAUGGGGUUCACAGCCGUCAGGGCAAACGCUCUAACGUCAGUUGGUCCUUACAUUGGAAUCAUAUGGCUGACUGCCUUAUCUUGGAUUGCCGAUCGCAUUGGUCAUCGAGGACCAUUUGUACUACUCUCAAUUACUUGGAACGUAAUCUCGUAUACAUGCUUGAGAGUAUAUUCCCUAGACGGAACAAAAUGGCACAAAUAUAGCCUGGUGAUCAUUGCGAAUGUCGCGUACGUCAGCAUGCACAUCUUUAAUGUUUCUUGGUUAUCAGUACACUGCAAGAAGCCCCAGGAGCGCAGUGUUGCCCUCGCACUGAUUAUCAUGGCUGCCAACUGCGCUGGUAUAUCGGGCUCGCAAAUCUUCCGAGCGUCGAAUGCACCUCACUACCUGAAGAGCCUUACGGCUAUCUGUGCACUGAUGGGGGGAGCAUGGGUCUUGACAGCUGUUCUUGGCCUGCAGUACUAUAUGAAGCAGAAUAAGCGCAGCGGCAGCACGUUUGGUGCCGAGCUGCUUUCGGAUCUGUGCAAUAUACCCCCGUGGCCGGGGAAAGAUAACAUGCGCGCCCUGUCACACCUAUUGGGUUUCAAACGUCCUGAUUUGAGGUAUGAUGCACAAGAAGACCCUGAAAAAAUGACGACAACCGAUGGUGCUCCCGAUACACUGGCCGACGAGAAAAGGCAGAAUACAUUGACAGAAGUCAUUGACACUGCCAUUGAUGUUGCACCUGAAUACUCCGACGUGUACCUCCGGCGCUUACGAUGGAAGAUCGACUUGAUUCUUCUACCCUUGAUGUGGCUAUGUUACGGCACACAGCAAGCCGACAAGACGUCGCUGAGCGUCAUGGCCGUAUUCGGCAUCGCAGAGGAUACGGGCCUAGUUGGAGAUCAGCUAAAUUGGCUCAGCACCAUCUUUUACCUGUCAUACAUGGUGUUUGAGUUUCCCGGAAACUGGCUUAUGCAAAAGGUGCACAUGGGCCGGUUUUUGUCCGUUGUGAUUGUGCUAUGGGGAGUUGUGGUACUGUGCAUCGCGUUUGCGCGGAAUUUCACGGAGCUUAUGGUUCUGCGCACUCUGCAGGGAGCACUUGAGUGUACCAUUUCUCCAACCUUUAUGCUCAUAACUGGUGCAUGGUAUACAUCGCAGGAACAUACGUUGCGCUCCGUGAUUUGGGGGACGGCAAAUGCAGGCAUGAAUAUCAUCACAGGACUCAGCAUGUACGGGAUUGGACUGCAUGCUCAGAAGCACCCUGGAGGGCUCGCUGCUUGGAAAGGCCAGGCCUUCUUCCUUGGUGGUCUGACCAUCUUGUGCGGUGUACUAGUCUGGUUCGUUCUCGGUACGCCACGUGAAGUCCGUUGGCUCAGCAAAGAAGAAAAGGAGGCCGCCAUUGCCCGCGUGCUAAUCAACCAGACGGGCUCUGAUCGUGAGAAACACUCCAGUUUCAGGUGGGACCAAGUGCGGGACACCUUCAAGGACCCUCAGACAUACUUUUUCUUCUUCGUCACCAUCAUCAACGCGCUCCCAAACGGGGCGAAUACGACCUUCUCGAAGCUCAUAUGGAAGUCGUUUGGCUUCACGCCGCUUGAAACACUGCUUAAGGGAUCGACGCCCUACUACGCUGUUAGUAUUGUGUGGUUUCUGACCGUUGGUUUUAUUACACUUAAGAAGCCAAAUCUUCGAUUGAUUUGGACCUUCCUGCCAUCCAACGUGGCUGGCAGGACCAAGAAAACGGUCACAUCUACUGUUCUCUUUGUUGCAUAUUGCGUUGGAAAUGCCAUUGGAGCCCAGAUCAUGCUUCCUUCCGAUGCACCUAGAUACAUUCGUGGAAUCACGGCCUGCGGCGUCUUAUACUUCGUGGAGUUUUGCGCCAUGGGUCUGUGGCGUUUCUAUUAUAUCUGGGAAAACAAGAGGCGGGCAAAGCUGAUCCAGGAGCAGGGUUUCACUCAGGAGGAAAGUCAAAGGCAAGGGAAGAUUAAUGCCGAGAGUGACAUGACAGACAGGGAGAAUAUUCAUUUCGAGUACAAGUACUAG